AAGUGAGUGCUGGUCCUGUGGUCAUGACUCAUUUCUUCACUGUUUCUAGUAAAUGAACAUUUUCUCUCGCUCACUCACUUUAUCUGUUUAUGCCCGGCUGUUCAGCUCAUCUACAAUCGUCUGGAUGAUGUUAAUAAACGGAAAUUCAUUUCUAUAGGGACAAGGGGGCUCCUGGCCCCGUCUGCCUCCAGGAAUGAUGCCUCUCGUCUGGGUUGUGCUUUGGCCAGCGCUCCCUCUUCUGGUUCUUUCCUGUGAACCAGACUGUUGUAGUGUCCAUGAGAGCAGGAGCUCACAGAACCUGUCUCCGUUGCUGAAAUCCUUAAAGUGCCACAACGACUACGAGUCCCAUGUCCUCUGCAGGUGGAGCGAGUGCAGAAACACAUCACUGCAGCUCUGGUUCGAGACAACAAACAGCAAACAAAGGGAGCAGUGUGUGCCUUAUGGUGCUGAAGUACAAGACGCAAGUGGGCACAGAACUGUACAGUGUAGAUAUAAUACGCGUAUAUUUUCCAUCGGCAUCAAACACACUGUGUUCUUCCUCGAAAACAAGACGCUGAAUGUCUGCUCAUCUGUCCCACACGCGCCUCUGGAUCUGUCUCAGCACUUGAGGGCACGCCCACCAGUGAAUCUGUCCAUACAUGGUGGAGGUGAUGGAGGCAGACGGCUCAGUUGGUCCAGCCCUUACCCCUCCUCCUCCCCUCUGAACAGAAACAUCACCUAUCAGCUCAGCUACAGGACAAAUGAACAGGACAACUGGACGUCAGAAGACGUCACAAACACCAGUGUAACACUAGAGAAGCCAUUGUUGCUUCCUGGUCGCACGUAUGAAGCGAAGGUGAGGGCUCGGGUCAGCGUGGGUCAGUGGAGCGACUGGAGUCCUGUGGUGACCUGGCACAGCGAAGAAGACACUGGGCAGUUUCCCAGUUUGCAUUGUGUGCUGGAUGGAGAGAAGGAGGUGCUGUGUAGCUGGGAGGUCAGCAGAGAGGUGGCUCACUUCAUUACCUACCAGCUGGCGUGUCGACACAACCAGACUGCGCCGUCUGAGAGAUGCUGUGUGAACCCGACAGUCAGCUCUGACCUCAGCAGGGCGGUGCUGAGGUACAGCUGCUCCCUGACUGUCGCAGACCCUGCACAUCUGCUCAUCCACUUUCUACCAGCACGCAAUGCCAAGAGUUUUAAAGCCGACCAGCACAUUCGUCCCAACCCACCGCAGCAGGUAAAUGUGAGGCGGAAAGACAGCAACUGGAUCGUGGAGUGGACUGAACCCAGCACAGCUGCAAAACUCAGUCUGUAUUAUCAGGUCUGCUAUUACAGGACACAAGAUCCGGAAUCUUUUAUCAUGCAAAACACUUCAGAGGGGUCAAUGUACCUGAGCAUCCUUGGAGCUUCUCUGGCCCCGUCCCAGGACUACCAGGUCAAAGUCAGGUCGCUGGUCUUCCUAAAAGACUAUGGGGGAAUCCCUUCUGAAUGGACCGAUCCUGUGGACUGGACCUCACUAGAGGCUGCCUGGUCCCUAACAACUCUGAUUUACUUCGCCAUCUGUAUGUUAGUGGCUGCAGUCUUCCUCACACUCUACUGCACCAUUCCAGCUUGUCGAAGGAGGGCGGUUCUGUGGGUGGACUCAGUUCCUUCUCCAGGCAAAAGUAAAAUCCUGUCAGAGAUCAAGUCUGCCAGCAGCAGGAAGUUCAUGCAGUGUGAGAGCACGUCCGUCUGCAAAGUGCAGCAUUUGGACAGUGUAUCGACAUGCUCCUCAGACGCUUCACUGUGGCUGACAAAGGACACAGACAAACAAUGUCUGGAGCAGGACGAAGGCUGCUGGCAGUGUGAUAACCUGCCUUCCCCUGCUGAGAAGGUGAACGUCUCUGAAACAUCCUCCGUAAGCUUCAGCGGGCCGUACAUCCUCUGUCGGUCAUCAGAGCCGAGCUGCAAGUCAGCAGAUAUCGAGUUUGAAGAGACAGAGGAAGAAGAACCCCCGUCAGAUGACUCUGCAUGUUUUUCCCCAGUGACUUUAAACCUUUAUGGUGAAGGUUGUGUGUGUCUGCCCAACCGCAGUGUCUCCAGGUCCACACAGGAUCUUGUGUCUCACAGUGACACCAACACAAACACACACAGGCAGGACAGCGCUGCGGUGGAGCAGAAGUGUCCAGAGAGGACAGAAAUCCAGAUGAGCCUCAGUGAGCCCCCCAGCAGCCCCCAACCUCCAGACCACACCUCAGGACCCUUCACUCCCUGGCCUCAGGGAGGCAGCGUACAGGCCUCAGGAUACUGCCAGCUCCCUACGGCUUUCAUGAGAGCAGCAGAGUGAUAUUCAGUAUGCAAGAGAGAAGGACGUGUAAGGCUCUCCAUGCAGAAAUAACAAUUAAUUCAUCUGUGAUUUCUUGUUUUCAUAUAAGCUUUGCACUUUAUUUUAAGCUACAUAUGCUUCAAUGUGAAAAACGUGUAUUAUUUUACACAUUAGAGGUGAACCAUUUUGCAUGGUUUAACGCUUUGAAACCUGAAUAGAUAUCAGUUUUCUUGUGCUGCAUUCCCACAUCUUUUACAAGUAUUUUUACCUUUUUACCCUGUGCAUAUUGGUUUAAUGCCAUUCAGAAACAUGAAAAAAAGGCAAAAAGCAACAAGAUAUGUCCUGCAAACUGCAAGAAAUUUGUAGAGUUAAGAAGUUAUUUGUAAAAAAAUAAUAAUAAUUUAAAAAAGCUAGGGAAACAUGUCAAGAGAACUAUUCUUAAUUAGCAUAGCAUACUAUAUUUUAAAUUAUUUUAAAGAAUUAUUAUAUUUUUUUUACAAGCAAUUUUAUUAUU